UUGGGGCCAACGGGAGCGGGAGCGGGCAACGGAGCUGCCGCCAUGGACAUCGGCGGCCUGGAGACGGUCGUGGCCAACUCGGCCUAUGUAUCGGCCCGUGGUGGCACCGGAACAUGGGGCCGGGACCGGUGGCAACGCGCCCGCCUGCGCCUGCCCCACAUCUCCCAGUGCGAGGCCCUGCGAGCCCGCCUGGCCGGGGCGGCCCAAACUGGUGUCAACGGGGCCCAAACUGGUGCCGGUGGGGUCCAAAAUGGCGUCGCCGUGGGCCAAAAUGGCGUCGCCCAUGGAGGCGGCCAUCUUGAAGAGGACACCUCCUUCCGGUGGCAGUGCGUGGAGCAGCCAAUCGGGAAGCUGCUAUUCCGGAGGUUCCUAGAAGGAGAGCCGCGAUUGGCCGCGGCGGGGGCGCUGUGGGCGGAGCUGGAGGCCUAUGAUAGGUGCGAGGCUGAGGAGAGGCCGGCGGCGGCGGCGGCGCUGAGGAAGCGGUUCCUGACGCCCGGCGGGGAGCAGCACUGCGCCUUCCUCGGCAACAUGGCGGCGCCCACGGGUGAGCGCGGGGGCGGCCAUGACACCCCCCCCAUGCGCCGGGCGCUGCUGUCCCACCUGGAAGCGGUGGCCUGGGCUCCGUACCGCGAGUCUCCGGAAUUCGGGCGCUUCCUGCAGUUCAAGUGGUUGGAGGAGCAGCCGGUGGGCGCCGAGGCCUUCGUGGAAUUCCGGGUGUUGGGAAAAGGCGGCUUCGGGGAGGUGCUGGCGUGUCAGCGCCGCACCACCGGCACCAUGUUCGCCAACAAGCGCCUCAACAAGAAGAGGCUCAAGAAGAGGCGCGGAUAUGAGGCGGCAAUGGUGGAGAAGCGUGUGCUGGCGCGUGUGCACAGCCCCUUCAUCGUGUCCUUGGCCUGCGCCUUCCAGACCAAGACCGACCUUUGCCUCGUCAUGACCCUCAUGAACGGCGGCGACCUGCGGUACCACAUCUACAACAUGGACGAGAAGAACCCGGGCUUCGAGGAGCCUCGAGCCCUGUUUUACCUGGCGCAGAUGCUGCUGGGGCUGGAGCAUCUCCAUCAGCACCGCAUCGUCUACCGCGACCUCAAGCCCGAGAACGUGCUGCUGGAUGACGCCGGUCAUGUCCGUCUGUCCGACAUGGGUCUGGCCGUGGAGCUCAAGGAGGGACAGAGCAAAACCCGCGGCUACGCCGGGACCCCAGGGUUCAUGGCUCCGGAGCUGCUGCGGGAUGAGGAAUACGAUUGGGCCGUCGAUUACUUCACGCUGGGGGUGACGCUCUACGAGAUGUUGGCGGCCAAAGGACCCUUCCGCAGCUGUGGGGAGAAGGUGGAGAACCAGGAGGUGAAGCGGCGGACGCUGCACGAGCCGGUCUCGUACCCGGAGCGCUUCAGCACCAUGGCCAGGGACCUGUGCGAGGGGCUCCUGGCCAAGGACCCCAACACCCGCCUCGGCUUCCGGGACGGCGACUGCGCCCAGCUCAAGGGGCACCCCAUCUUCAGCACCAUCAACUGGGGGCGCCUCGAGGCGGGCCUGGUCCCCCCCCCGUUCGUCCCGGACCCCCGCCGCGUCUACGCCAAAGACCUGGGGGACGUGGGGGCCUUCUCCUCGGUGCGGGGGGUGGAGCUGGACGCCGAGGACGCGGCGUUGGCGGACGCCUUCGCCUCGGGCACUGUCGCCAUCCCCUGGCAGCAGGAGCUCAUUGACAGUGGCCUCUUCCAGGAGCUCAAUGUCUGGGGCCCCCCCGGCACCCUCCCCCCGGACCUGGACCCCAGCACCGCACCCAUGGGAGCGGGGGGCACCGGGAAGUCGGCGACGUGUGGGUUGCUGUGA